GAAUGAACCUUCUUUGUAUGCUGCAUUUUGGAUUUACCACCACACAACUGAUCGGGCAAGGAUCGAAUGGCCACGCCCUCAGUAGGCUGUCGCGUUCGCAUUCUCAAGGACUAUGCCACCGUUCGUUACAUAGGGCCAGUUGCUAAACAGGAAGGCACUUGGGUGGGCGUGGAGUGGGACGACCCGUCACGCGGCAAACACGAUGGAAGCACCGGUGGCAUCCGCUAUUUCGAGUGCAAAGCAAGCGGCAAUGCCGGAUCUUUUGUACGUAUAGAACGCGUUUCCUUUGGCGUCAGCGUAUUGGAGGCCCUUCGCGCGCGCUAUAACAACGAGACCGCGGAGCAUGGCGAGGAGGUGAAGGAGGAUGAGCUGUACGUGCACACAUCCCGCAACCGGCGAGUCAGGGUGCAGCUCGUGGGCGAGGAGAAAAUCCAGCAAAAGCAACGCCAGAUCCAUGCGCUGGAGUCCGCGCGACUCGUGGGCCUGGAUGUCGCAUUCGUGGACGCUGCAUCCGCCCUGUCUUCCUCGCUUCCCGCGCUCACCUCCCUGGACCUCACCUGCAACCUGCUGACCAACUGGGCCGCAGUGGAGCAGCUGGCGACCGCGCUGCCCAACCUCUCUGCUCUCAAUCUCAGCGAAAACCGAAUCCAAAUUCAAAUUCAAAUUCCCACAGCUGAGCAGACAGCGGAGGAGCAGAAGGAGACGGUGGCGGGGGAGGUGCAGCCCGCAGCUAGCACGCAGAACACGGAGCCUUCAGCUGGGGAAGCUGCAGCAGCACUUGCUCCUGUCCCUGCUGCUGCCACGGCUGCUACUACCGCCACAGCUCUCCCUCCCCAGCCUCCUGCGCCCCGGAGAGGGGUGUUGCUGCCGGGGCUGCGAGUGCUGGUGCUAAACGAUUGCGGCAUCUCCUGGCAAGAUGUCCUCCAAGUCGCCCCCCAGCUUCCCUCCCUCCAAGAACUUCACUGCUGCGGCAACUCCAUUCCCUCCCUGCACCCCGCCCCGCACCACCUCCGCCACAGCAGCAGCAGGGCGUCCACAGCAGCAGCAGCAGCAGCAACAACAACAACACCGCCGGCGCUGCCACCUACGCAGCAAGAGGCUGAGGGGCAGCAGCCCCUGCAGCAGCCUCAGCAGCAGGCGACGGUUAUCAACCAAGAGGACGGGUCACCACAGCAGCAGCCUCAGCCUCAGCAGCAGGGGCAGGUACAAGAGGGGGAUGGCAGCGGUGGGGAACAAGCAGCCAAUGAUGUCCAGUCGGAGUGCGAUGAUGAGGCGGGUGGUAAUGAUGAUGAGGCGGCUGCGGAGCUGCUGGCUUCCCUGUUCCCGCGGCUGCAGGUACUGACCUUGGAGGAGGUGGGGCUGCGCGGCUGGUCGCAGCUGCUGCCCCUGCGCCGCCUGCCCGCACUCACCCGGCUGCACCUGGCAGGCAAUCCGCGCAUCACACACGUGCGCUACCCGGAUGCAGCGGCUGCGGCUGCGGUUCCUGCUGCUGCUGCAGUGGCCGCGCCUGGGGCUGCUGCUGCCACGGAGUCACAGCCCUCCACCUCUUCCCCUUCCGCUUCUGAUUCACCAGCAGCAGCAGUAGCAGCAGCAGCACCUGAUCCCACCACGGCUGCUGUCCCGGCUGCUGCUGCUGCUGCUGCUUCUGUUUCCUUCCCCCGGCUGACCGCCCUGUUCCUAGGCGGUUGCGGCAUCGCUGACUGGGGCAGUGUGGACCAGCUGGAUCGCUUCCCGGAACUCAAGGAGGUACGGCUCACCGGCAAUCCCGUGCUCGCCCUCUCACGAACUGGGGGGAGAUUCGAGGUUAUUGGUCGUGUGUCCCGCUUGCGACACCUCAAUGGUGCCGAGGUACGGCCGCGCGAGCGACGCGACUCGGAACUGCGCUACCUGCAACACAUCGCGGCGGAGAUGGAGGCGGCGGCGGCGGCGGGAGACGAAACGUCGCGAGCGGCGGUUCGGGCGGCGCAUCCGCGACUGAGGGCGCUGAUGGAGGUGUACGGCAGCGUGCUCGCCACUGCUGCCCGGGGCGGUCCCGGCGGUCCGGGCGGCAGCCUGGCGGCGAGCACGGUUGAGUUGAAGCUGACGUGUGUGGCGGCGGCAGCACAGGCCAAGAUGGGCACGCAGGUCAAGAAGCUGCCCCGCACCACCACCGUGUCCGCGUUGCGGCUGCUGUGCGAGCGGCUGUUCAAGGUCCCCGCCGACCGCAUGGCCCUCUUUCUGCGCGCCCCGGGCGACCCCCUGCCCGAAGACCUGGGCGGCAGCGAGCUGGAGGACCGACCGCUGGCCUUCUUCGGGGUGCAGGCGGGUUACGAGGUGCUCGUGGACGAGGUGGAUCCGGGCGAGGUGCGCGCGGCGGGGGAGCGCAGCCGGCAGCAGGCGGCGGCGGCACACGAGCAGCGGCUGGCGGAGCAGUUGAGAGCGGCGGAGAGGAUGCAGGCGGAGGUUGCACGCAACAUGGGGGCACCGCAGCAGCAGCAAUAGCAGCAGCGACAACACUAACUGCCACACUAGCUGCCACAGCAGCAGUAGCAGCAGCGACAACACCAUCAUCACAGCAGCAGCAGUAGCAGCAGCCACAGCAGCUACAAGGCCAACUGGGACGUGUGGGUGAUUGACACGGGGGGUGACACUGGCACGGUGUUGCAUAUUGCUUUGCGCUGCGCUGUACGUGCGCUGUAGGAAUGAAAUAGGAACAUAGCGGAUGUAGCCAAAAGGGUUACAAUCCUUACAACUUCUGACGG